CAUGUAGGUAACUUAAGUAGACAUUACUUACAUAGAUGCUACCUAGAUUAUGUAUGGCUCUUCCUUUGUCAUUAGUUGAUUAGCUGCAGUUUACCGCUUGCAUUGUGUGUACAGAUCCCAUCCUAUACUAUGCCUCAACUGGCUGGCUUACCCGAGUCGCCUCGCUUGAAGUCAGGACCGAGUAGGAGGAGUAAUAGAUAAUAAUAAUAAUUACUAUGUAAUGUGAAAGAGAUGAGGGUAGCGUGAGAAAGUGAAAAAGAGUGAGCAGUUCUGACAGCAGGUAUUUAAACCAUGGCAAUCUCCCCACAAGAUCCUUUCUGCUUCCACUUGGGUUCUCGUUCCUCUCUCUCUCUCUUAUCUCCUUUCUUUUUUUCCUCCGUCUAGGUAUUCAUUCUCCUUGUACUGUGCUUGCUCCUUUCUACAGUACUUAGAUACCUUAAGCAUCUAGGUAGAUAGAGUACUCACGCACUAGGACACAUAGAAAGAAGGAACGGAAAAAAAGAAAAGAUGGCGGGAGGUGUCAAGAAACCAGUCAACAUCUUCAGGCUGAAGGACCUGGGCGAGCCCAAAAACGUCUUCAACUGGCGUCUAUGGUUCGCGGUGAUCUCCUUCGGCCUGCUGGGCGCCGCGCGCGGCGUGGACGAGGGCCUCAUCUCGGGCGCCUUCAACUCGCAGGACUUCAAGCGUACCAUCGACUUCGCGUCCUACAGCAAGGUCGACCAGACCAACAUCAAGGCCAACGUGUCGGCCAUGGUCCAGAUCGGCUCCGUGGGCGGCGCGCUCUUCGCGUUCGUCAUCUGCGAUCGCAUCGGCAGAAUCUGGGCUACCCGCCAGCUGUGUCUCAUCUGGAUCCUCGGCAUGGCCAUCUUCAUGGCCAACAAUGGCUCCCUCGGUGCUGUCUAUGCCGGACGCUUCAUCGCUGGUCUCGGAGUGGGCCAGACUCCUGUCGUCGGUCCUGUUUAUAUCGCUGAGAUUGCGCCCGCCUCCAUCCGAGGUCUGUGUACUUGUAUCUUUACGGGAUUCGUCUACGUUGGUAUCGUGCUCGCCUAUUUCACCAAUUACGGCGCGCAGAUCAACCUCGGCGACACCACGCACGUCAGAUGGCUCGCCCCCACAAGUCUGCACAUCAUCUUCGCAGGGCUCAUCUUCAUCCUGACCUUCUUCCAAUACGAGUCCCCCCGCUUCCUCAUCAAGCAAGGCAAGGAUGAGCAGGCCAUCAGCAACAUGGCGCACAUCCGAAACUUAGCCGUCGACGACCCCUACGUCGUCUCGGAGAUCAGCGCCAUCAAGCUGUCCCACCAGGAGGAACUCGAAGCCACCAUGGGCACCAGCUGGUUCGGCAUCGUGAAAGAGAUGUUCCUCGUGCCCAGCAACCUGUACCGCCUCUAUCUCUCCUCCACCGUGCAGUUCAUGUCGCAGUGGUCCGGCGCCGGCUCCAUCACGCUGUACGCGCCCGACCUCUUCGACAUCCUCGGCAUCACAGGCCAAAACGAGUCCCUCCUCAUCACCGCCGUCUUCGGCCUCGUCAAGUUCGUCGCCGCCAUCAUCUGCGCCCUCUUCCUCGUCGACGUCAUCGGCCGCAAGCGCGCCCUCCUCAUCGGCAUCACCCUCCAGGGCUUCGCCAUGAUCUACGUCGCCGGCUUCUUGACCGCCGUCCCGGAACUGGGCGUCGACGACAACUACGUGCUCCCGGCCGGCGAGCGCGCCGCCAGCCGCGGCGCCAUCGCCAUGAUCUACCUCUCCGGCUUCGGCUGGGCCCUCGGCUGGAACUCGAUGCAGUACCUGCUGACGGCCGAGCUGUUCCCCCUGCGCAUCCGCGCGCUGUCGACGUCGAUCGUGAUGACGCUCCACUUCGCCAACCAGUACGGCAACUCCCGCGCCGUCCCCAACAUGCUCCUGGACACCGCCCACGGCGGCAUCUCGCCCAGCGGCACGUUCUGGUGCUUCGCCGUCGUGACCGUCAUCGGCGGCAUCUGGGUCUGGAUCUUCGUUCCCGAGACCUCCGGCCGCUCGCUCGAGAGCAUGGAUCGCCUGUUCGAGCUGCCGUGGUACAGGAUCGGUUUGUACGGAAACGCCGACGCCGACCGCAGGGACGAGGCGUUUAGCGAGAAGGAGAUUGUCGAUGAGGUUGAGGAUGUAGGGCCUCAGACGAUUGAUGGGGCGAUGGGCGAGAAGAGGCGGAGUGCGGAUAAUCGCGUUUGAUUUGAUUUAGGGAUGGGGGGGGGAAUAUGAUAUGAUACCUUGGGUGCCUGGCAUGGGAAUGCUGGAUGAGAGAGAUACGAGAGAUGAUGAAUAAACGUAAACGUAACGUGCUUACUGUAAGAUCAGAAUAGUAUGAAUCUAGUACUUGGCCCUUUGGUCAUGACAACUCGUUAAACAAUUAACCUAGACCACUCUGUCUUAGGGCCUGAAUUUUGUACUGUUUUGCCUUAGGCUGUGGACUGUAUAUUUUGAAUGCCUCGUCCCAACAAUUACCCCCAAUGUGAAAAUUAAUCAAGUCGCCCUUUAGCCACCAAAAGAAGUAAAACACCAAAAAAAAAAAAAAAA